UACGCGUAUAUAUUUGUCAAGUCCCACGUGGGUAUUGCACAUUUUGUAUGUGAGAUUGCAUCAGAUUUCAGAACUUUCGAGAAGCUUUCGUGCCAAGAACGUUUUGACAUCUGCUCUCUCCCGUUUCCGUAAAGGAAGAGAUUUCAUUCGAUCAUAGAACCUUGAGGCAGUUAGAUCUCCCUCUCUCUCUCUCUCUCUCUCUCUCUCUCUCUCUCUCUCUCUCUCUCUCUCUCCCUCGACAUCGAGAUUAUAUUAACGUAACGUACAUUGGUCACUCGUAACUUGUGAGAAUUUCAUAUUUGAUAUUUCUUAGAGUUUACUUAGUACUAUUUAGUUUCUUUUGUGGAAUCUGAACAAACAUUUCGUAACGGCGCCUGGUUUUUGUGAAAGUGUAAUAUACAAGCUGCAGCAAGAGAGAAAGAAAUUGGUAUACCAAGGGAUGGACCUGAAGAUCCUCCUAAGCGCUGUAACUGCAAUGUGCCUGAUUGCUAGGGGCAUCAACGCCGGGAUAAUAUACCAUAGCCCAAGAUUCCAGUGCAUUCCUCCUUCAGUUCAACUUUGGCAACCCACAAUCUACAAUAUUCCCGGGCGCAUUCUCUGUGCCAAUACAUGCUCCCAGAAGAGAUGCUUGUUCUACGAAGUCUCAGCAACGAAUGGGCCUUGCAAGAUCUAUGGCAUAGGAAUGGAAUCGACGAAUUAUUAUGUGAGAACUGAAGCGGCAACACUUCCUCCAGGAGGUCCUCUUCAGGAGAAGGCUAGAUACCGACCAACUUACCCUUUAUCAUCAUUGUCUCCUUCACCCAACGCAGUUGAUGAUGAUGUGCUGAGCUAUUGGGAGAAUGGACCGUUGAAUCCUUGGUGGAUGGUUGACCUCGGAGCUUAUUAUAUGAUCCACUACGUUAACAUCUUGCCAAGACAAGGAUACUACACAUAUCGGUUCCAAAGUGUGGAGGUUCGAGCUGGUCCAGAGUUGAAAACGGACGGAAACUUGACUCAGUGGGAAUUAGUAGGAUUUUACCCAGGUGUCUAUGCAGGUGGGAAUGCUCGUAUUCAGUUCAAUAAUACCCAAGGAGUAUGCGGAAGAUUUCUCUCUGUGCAGCGAAACAACAGCCUGAAUGAUGUGUUAGCUCUUGCUGAUGUUUUGGUUUAUGUUCGCAAGAGUCCAUACAACUAAGAUGCUUAUAAACUGGAAAGGAUGGGAAGGCCAAGAUCAUUCAUUAAAACUAGAUUUAAGGAGCAAUUGGUGUAGUUCGAGGCUUCAGUGGGGAUAAAUACAAGUUAUAUACAACUAAAUUUUUGUUAUCAAGGUAAAUUAUUUUGGUUUAAAAUCUUUUCCAUAAGAUUCUACACAGUACUAUUCACUUUUUUAUUGACUCUAAACAGUUAUUUAUCUAUCUGAAAACCAGUGGAAAUUUUGCAGCAUAGGUUGUCAGUGUUAUGUAUUUUUUUUUAGUUUAUUGUCAGUUACCAUUCUGAAAAUUGCUCUCUUAUUUCUUUAGCAACUGGUAUUAUACUGACAAUUCCCUAUUCUUAUUUUUCCAUACACUAAUAUUUCUACGAUUUUUUUAUUGUUCACUGAUUUUCAAUAUAAGUAAUGUUCACAAAAUAUGGAGAGGUUUUGAAAUACACGAGGUUUUAAUUGGUCGUUGGGUUAUUCAUAAUUUCAAUCAGUGAUCGUUAGCCAAAGAAAUAUAAACAAUUUGGUAUCAAGCCAGGUACAGGUAGCAUUUCCAAACUAGGUGAACUCUUGUUUUAUAUACCAGAACAGCCGAUUUAAAUACAAAAACAACACUCACACCAAACAAGCAAUACCACACGGUGAGGGAUUUUAGGCCAAAAAAAAACAAAAGAAUGUGUCGCAUAAAGUAUCCAAGGGGAUCUUGAAGAGCAGAAUAGAAAAACAUAACUGAAAUGUAUGGAAGACGCAUGAACUGCAAUCAGGUUUUACUAGCUUAUUAAGAACAUGGUGAAAUACUUGUGCAUGAAAUACAUGCACAAGUAAUAAAUGUAGUGGAAAAGAUAUUUACAAAUGACACAACAACUUUGCGUCUUCACAAUACGGAGCAAAUAAAUAAAUAAAUAAAAAAAGUAACAAAUGGCUUAAGACAGAGGUGGAAUGGUUCAACCAUAUUCUUCUUAGUAACUUACCUGAUCAUCGAAAAAUUAGAAGGUACAAAUGAUAUUUAAAGAAUUGUGACACUAUUCUGUGCAGAUGAUGGAUUGAUCCGAGAUAAUUUCUUUGAAGAAAUAACAAAACCCAUAUGAAUUCUUGUUGACAAAGUUAGUGGUGUGGCCCAAAUAUAAAUAAAGACAAAAACAAUAUAUCAAUAUUCGACGGCUAGUACAGUAGAGAUAACGUAGAAAACCUUCCGUGCAUUGAAGGAACAGGAAAUAGUCAAGCAAAUAAGAAAUCUUGGUGUAAAAAUCAACAACACAAAAGACUGCUACAGAGGAUGAAUAAAAAGUGCCCCAGAUGAAAGAAAAAGAGAUUGAAAACAUGGCUAAUGCAGUCAUUAGUAAAAGUUGCAGCAAAGAGAUGAUAGGGAAGUUGUACUGAAAGGGGGUUAGCAAUGCCAUCAUCCAUGUAUGCCAUGGGAGUAUUGAAUCUCAGCAAGAAAGAAGGAAAUAAAGUGCAAAAAAAUAAUCAAAUGUACCGUACAAUAUUGAAAGUACCAAGAAACAUAGCAAGUUGGGUUUUAAGAUCUGAAAUUGGGGCCUCUUCCUACCACUCGAGGUAUCUGAAGAAUUUGAAAGUGGUGGAAAUAGGCUCCUAAAUUAAAUAACCGUAGACCAAUAUGAAAAUAUUUUAAAAAUUGGCUUCUGCAAAUAAAAGAGAAAUCUAAAAGAAUUAAACUUGAACUUAAGCAAAACUGAAGCGGUUAAAAGAGAAACUUGCGAAUAAGUGAAUCCGUGAAUCCUGAAAUAUUUGGAGAUCCACUGAAUAUGAAUAUAUAUAUAUAUAAUUCAUAAUAUGCCUAUAUAAUUCAUAA